AGAAAGAACAGUAAAAAUGCAGGCAGGGCACAGGACAAAGCACUAGGGACAAAAUUGAAUUUAGUGAAUGUCACGUCUACAAUUUUAAAAUUUCCCGCCAGUUCCGUCCCCGUACGUCCUGACGUCGCAGGGAACAGAACCCGGAAGACAGAUGCUGGCAUCAGUCGGAAGACAUUGCCGGGGACACUGCAAGGGAGCGCAGGACAAGGUAAGUGAAGAAGAGAUCCCGGAGCAGCGUUGCAUGGUAAGCCCGAGUGUAGCUCGGGGUUACCACUUGUGGU